AUGAGUAAAACGUACGGCGUCAGCGAAGGCGGCACGAAAUACCUUAAGAGUAUUUUGGUGGCAGCAUUUUCGUAUGAAACCAGAACAAAGAUAGUGCGAAAUCCGCCGACAGCAGUAACGAUGCUUCGAGCUCGCAAGAUGCCUCCUUUCUUCAAAUUGACCCUUGUCGUUCUCUGCGCCUAUAUUUUGUGGACGAUCAACCACCCUGAACCUUCGGAUGCGCUUCCUACACGCCACGUACGAAACAUCGGGCCCUACGGUCCAUAUGGACCUUACGGUGCCGGCAUGCGCCCCAUGAAUGGUAUGCGUGUCCCCCAACAACAAGCACAGAUGCAACAAAUGAUGGCCCAAGCACCUCCCGCCGCCCCAUUGGCACGUUCAUCAAGCACGUUUACGUUUCCAACAUGCGAAAAUGGACCUUACAAAAACGUGGCUUUUCUGAAAACGCACAAGACUGGCUCCUCCACCAUGUCCAACAUCAUGUUGCGUUUCGCCGAUACUCACAAUCUGACAGUCGGUCUACCUCUCGAAGGCAAAUGGGAGUUGGGAGGCUACCCAGCAUUCAUCGACAAGCAACUGAUCGACCCUCAACUCACCCAGUACAAUGUUCUCGGCCAUCACUUCAGAUUCAAUAAGGGGAAGCUGGACGAGUUCAUGCCGCUGGACACGAAGUACGUUACAAUCAUUCGAUCUCCCGUUGAUAACGUCGAGUCUGUGUUUGGCUUUUUCCAGGACCAAAUGCCCUUUGAAGAAUGGCUUGGCGAUGUUAAUACAACCGAACGACUGAAGACUUUCUACGCCGACCCGACCAAGUACUUCAAACGCGACACCGACUGGUACUUCCGAUCCAAAAAUCACAUGUUCUUUGAUAUUGGAUUCGACGUGAACCGCGCUGACGACGAAGCUUACGUGCAACAGGCGAUCCAGCAGAUGGACCAGCACUUCACUCUCAUUCUCCUUACCGAUUUCUUCGACGAGUCGCUGAUUUUGAUGAAGCAUCUGCUUUGCUGGGACUGGGACGACAUUGUUUACAUCAAAUUCAAAAUGAGAAUCGAGGAGGCGAAAGCUGAGGUCAACCCUGAGCUCUCUAAGAAAAUCUUGGACUGGAACCACGCCGACCACCAGCUGUACGACUACUUCAACAAGACCUUUUGGCAGCGCGUGGAGGCCUUCGGCGUUGACAAGAUGAAUUCGGAGCUUGAAGCUUUCCGCGCUGAGCAGAAAGCCGCCGAGACCGAAUGCAUCCAGGCGUACGAGCCAUUCAAGAAGAAGCCCUGGAUCCUCGGCGCAAAACUGCGACCACACCCGACCGACAAAUGCAAACACUUGGCCUGGUCUGAGACCGUUUAUGGCGAGUUCUUGCGUGACAAGAUGUACAAGUCGAUUCCGGGCUUAACGAAACCAACAGAGGAACAAAAAGCAGCGUCUUUAACCCUCUUCGAACAAAUUGCCGGUGGCGCGCUCCGCAGCAGUUAG